UAGUGAUGUUAUUUUAGUGUCUUUUUUCAUAUACUCUUAACUAAAUUUAACAUUUGAAAGAAAUCCGCAAAAAUCGAAAACGAAAAGGAGAACAAUCUUGCGGAUUUUCCAAACACGUCCCCGUUGAAUGACAAUUAUAACCUCGAUUGACUCAAUCAGCCCUAAUCUUCCGUCACAAUCCCAAUUGAGUUCUUCACUCUCUCACCGAUCACUUCCCAGUAAAAACCCCAGAGUUUCUGCAGUCAAUCAUUGUUGUUGGAGGGGUUCCCCGAGGAAAUCAUGGAUUGAACAAGUUGAUUGCUUGAUGGUUGUGUUAAACAAGUCUAGAGCUUCAACUCGUACUCCAUUGCAUGGAGGAUCACGACUUUGUUGUCGGCCAGGAGUUUCCAGAUGUUAAGGCCUUCCGCAAUGCAAUUAAAGAAGCUGCAAUUGCUCAACACUUUGAACUUCGUAUCGUUAAAAGUGAUCUCAUUCGGUACAUAGCUAAAUGUGCUGCAGAAGGCUGUCCAUGGCGCAUACGUGCAGUAAAGCUUCCAAAUGCUCCAACCUUCACUAUAAGAAGCCUUGAAGGAACACAUACUUGUGGGAAGAAUGCACAUGCUGGACAUCAUCAGGCCUCUGUAGAUUGGAUUGUGAACUUUAUAGAGGAACGGCUGCGUGACAACAUAAAUUACAAGCCAAAAGAUAUAUCACGCGAUGUUUAUGAACAAUAUGGGAUAACUAUACCGUACAAGCAGGCUUGGCGUGCCAAGGAGCGUGGACUUCAAGCUAUAUAUGGCUCCUCUGAAGAAGGAUAUUACCUCCUUCCAUCAUACUGUGAGCAAAUCAGAAAGCACAACCCGGGAAGUAUUGCAGAGGUUUUUACUGCUGGUGCAGACAACCGGUUUCACCGUGUAUUUGUAUCGUUUUAUGCUUCUAUAUGUGGGUUCCUCCAGGGUUGCCUCCCUAUUGUCGGACUAGGUGCAAUUCAGCUCAAAAGCAAAUACCUUGGGACAUUACUUUCAGCGACUUCCUUUGAUGGUGAUGGUGGAUUGUUUCCUCUUGCAAUCGCUGUUGUUGACAUAGAAAAUGAUGAAAGUUGGAUGUGGUUCUUGUCAGAAUUACAUAAGGCUCUUGAGAUGAACACGGAGAUUAUACCACUCCUUACCUUCUUAUCCAACGGGCAGAAAGGCAUUGUAGAUGCUGUGAAAAGAAAAUUUCCAACUUCUUGUCAUGCCAUUUGUAUGAAACACUUGACCGAGAGCAUUGGUAGGGAGUUCAAGAAUCCACGACUCGUCCAACUCCUUUGGAAAGCGGCAUAUGCCACUACUACUAUUGGGUUCAAAGAAAAAAUGUUAGAGCUUGAGGAAGUUUCUUCAGAAGCUGUGAAAUGGCUACAACAAUAUCCACCUUCUCGUUGGGCAUUGAUAUAUUUUGAGGGAUCUCGCUAUGGUCAUCUCUCCUCAAAUACCGAGGAGUUCCAUCAAUGGGUACUUGAAGCUCGAGAGCUACCCAUAAUCCAGGUGAUUGAGCAAAUUCACCUUAAAUUGAUGGCAGAAUUUGAGCAAAGGUGUGCCAAGUGUAGGUCAUGGUUCUCCAUUCUCACACCAUCUGCUGAGAAGCACAUUAUUGAGGCAAUGAAUCAUGCCUCCACUUACCAAGUCCUUCGAUCAGAUGAGGUAGAAUUUGAGGUUCUUUCGGCAGAGCGAUCAGAUAUUGUGAACAUCAGAACCCAUUCUUGUUCUUGCCGUGAUUGGCAAUUGUAUGGAUUACCAUGUUCACAUGCUGUUGCAGCCAUCAUCUCAUCCAAAAAGGAUGUAUAUGCCUUCACUGGAAAAUACUUUACUGUGGCUAGCUAUUGUGGAGCAUAUGCGGAAGAAAUACAUCGAAUUCCUGGUAAAAUUGAGUGGAAGAAAGAUGGAGAGAAUAUCAUGGAUGAUGAAAUACAGGUCGUGAGGCCUCCCAAAGUUAGACGACCCCCUGGACGACCUGAGAAGAAGCGGAUGUGUAUAGAGGAACUUAACCGUGAGAAGCAUACUGUCCACUGUAGUCGUUGCAAUCAGACAGGACACUAUAAGUCGACUUGCAAAUCGGAUGUCUGUAAGAGUAUAGAACAAAUGUAGAUUGAUUUUCAGCUUUGUGAUUUAGAUAGCCCAGAAAGAGUUAUAAGGUUUUUUCCCAGUGUAUCAUUGCUUUUACUUUCCUUACCCCCUUUUUUGCACCUUGCGUAUAUCCCUUGUGUGUAGAUGUUGUGUACAAUAGGAUUUGGAUUGUAUUAAAACUGUACCUAGAACAACAAAGAAGGCUCCCUGUUAUAUUCU